GCAGGCUGGGGAAGGUAAAGGCGUAAUGCUUAAUGGGGUGGUGUUCUUUUGUCUUUCAGGAACACAAAUAUAAUGUCAGGUGGCUGAAAAUUUGCCUAUCAAAAUGUCAAAAAGGCCAUCUUAUGCUCCACCUCCUACCCCAGCUCCUGCAACCCAAAUGCCCAGCACACCAGGGUUUGUGGGAUACAAUCCAUACAGCCAUCUGGCCUACAACAACUACAGGCUGGGAGGGAACCCGGGCACCAACAGCCGGGUCACGGCUUCCUCUGGUAUUACCAUUCCAAAGCCCCCAAAGCCCCCAGACAAGCCCCUGAUGCCCUACAUGAGGUACAGCCGGAAGGUCUGGGACCAAGUGAAGGCGUCCAAUCCUGAUUUGAAGUUAUGGGAAAUUGGCAAGAUUAUUGGAGGAAUGUGGCGAGAUCUCACUGAUGAAGAGAAGCAAGAGUAUUUGAAUGAAUAUGAAGCUGAAAAGAUUGAGUACAAUGAGUCCAUGAAGGCCUACCAUAACUCUCCUGCAUACCUUGCCUACAUCAAUGCAAAAAGUCGUGCUGAGGCCGCGUUAGAAGAAGAAAGCCGACAAAGGCAGUCACGCAUGGAGAAGGGUGAACCUUACAUGAGCAUACAGCCAGCAGAAGAUCCAGAUGAUUACGACGAUGGGUUUUCGAUGAAGCACACAGCUACAGCUCGCUUCCAGAGGAACCAUCGGCUCAUCAGUGAGAUCCUGAGCGAAAGUGUGGUUCCUGACGUCCGCUCCGUUGUCACUACAGCUAGAAUGCAAGUUCUUAAACGCCAGGUUCAGUCUUUAAUGGUUCACCAGCGUAAACUGGAAGCUGAACUGCUGCAAAUUGAAGAGCGUCACCAGGAGAAGAAGAGGAAAUUCUUGGAAAGCACAGAAUCCUUUAACAACGAGCUCAAAAGGCUAUGCAGUUUGAAGGUGGAAGUGGAUAUGGAAAAAAUUGCAGCUGAAAUUGCUCAAGCUGAGGAACAGGCUCGCAAGAGGCAGGAGGAAAGGGAAAAGGAAGCAGCUGAGCAAGCUGAGCGCAGUCAGAAUAACACAGCAGCUGAGGAAGAGCAGGCAGCUAACAAAAUGGAGGAGAAGAAAGAAGAGGAGAGCACUCCAAUGGAGACAGAAGAGCCUCACCCAGAGGAGAGCACAGAAAACCAGCAGAACGGUGAAGAAGGAACAUCUACCCCUGAUGAUAAGGAGAGUGGCCAAGAGGGGGCUGACAGCACUGCAGAAGAAGGAACCAGUGACAGCAACACUGGUUCAGAGAGCAACAGUGCGACAGUGGAAGAGCCUCCUGCAGAUCCCAACACUGAGGAGAGUGAGAAGAAAGAAUAAACAGUGACUUGUUUCAUGUGUGUCCUCUUAAUGAAGUACUGGUUUGAUUUCAAAAUGUGCUAAGCAGCUUUUGUAUCUUUAUUGCCUGUGCCUGUCCCAAAGAUACUGGGGUUUGGUAGCACCUGUUAUCAGCAUAGUAACCUAAAGGGCAUUUCAGGGGCAAAGGAAAUCUUAAAACAGACAGAAAAAAUACAUCUAAGCAUAGUGGUAUGAUAUGUAUCAAGAUAAUUGUUUGGAAUUUCUUCCCCAGAACGAUAGUACUAGUUUUGUUUUUAAUAACAAAAUUUUCCUUUUUCUGACUAAAUUGUCACAGUGAACAGCAGCCCUUGUUUUCUUGUGGCCCGAGGAGGUGGAGAUGUGCAUCACCUCUGCGUUCCUCCUGACAUGGAGGUGGGCUGCCUCAGCCCCCACAUCUCCUGCUUGGUGUAGGGGGUGUCACAGCUGCACCCAGGAAGGCAGUGCCAUGCACAGAGCUUGGAGCUGACAAACCCAACCCACAGCAGCUUAGGAUGUGUCCCUGCUGCUGUUUCAGUUCUUGGCAGCAGUGAUGUCUACUGCAGCUGCCUGGUUUUAAAGAGUGCUUUCAGCAUUCAUGAGUCGGGCUCCUAAAGAAGGCUGCAAGAUUUGGACUUUUGUUGUAUAAUUUCUGUCACCCUUUGGAUAGGGCUGCCUUCAGCAGAGAGGGAAACUUGCUGUUCUGCAAGCAGCAGAUCCAGGGAUGCGUUCCCAAGUGACUGAGUGCAGUUGUCCUGAAGUAAGCGACAUUGUAUCUUAAGGAUUUUUUCUGUGAUAGCAGCCUUUGCUUUUCUUCACAAUUUGACUCUUUAUUUGCUACUUAGAUAUCCUAACAGGACCUCAGCCAAAGAUCUGGCACAGUGCAGAGCAGGAGAACGUGUCAGUGUGUUACUGCAGUCACGAACACAGCGCAGUGACCAGCAGCGCUCCUCCCAAAACCUCCAAAAAAACCCUAUAAAAACUACUGCUGAAAAUGCCCCGUUUUGUCUGUGUAAGCAGAAGCCCUCUCUGCAGAGAACUGCACCAGACACAAACCAGUUGUGCUUCCAACUACAAGAGAGCACACGCUGUACACGCCUCGGUAAACAGUAUGUUUUGAUGGAUGGUGGGUAUAUGAGAUGGUGGUGUUUUUCUAAAUCUUUGGUUUUUUUCCUAAUGGUCUGAAAAGAAUAAAAUCCAACAUUCUUGUUUUUUAAACCGA